AUGGAGCCAAACAUUCCUAAUCUUCCCUACAUAUUGACCACCCCUUUCUCAGAGCCUCUGAAGUUAGUUAAAAAAGAUGCUCCUAUAGAUCCUAGACUGAAUAGGCUGAGGAAUACUUAUAUUCCUUGGCAAAACGUCACAGAUGCCAAAAACCACCUUGUGCUCCAAAGACAAAAAUGCCACGAUCCUCCCAAACCCGUAGAGAUGAAAAAAUCAAAGGGUAAGGGUGGUAAGGGUUCCUCCUCACGUAAUCCAGAGCCCGAUCCUCUUGUAGAAGCCAACCAAGCCUUCAUCCAAUCUCAGAACAAUUUUGCAGCAGCCAUUAAGUCUUUUAUACCAGGACCUAACCUUCCCCUCAUGGUAUGGAACUCGUGUGAUGUUGACAACUUGGUGCUGCUUUAUGGGCCCCCCAGAAGCUCUUGGCGGAAGCAAAGAACAAGUUGGAGCCAUAUGGGUUCAAGGUGGAAGAGUCAAAAGACAAACAACAGAAGGGGUUCAGCAGCAAAAAAAGAUAGUGAGGUUGUGACUUCGUAA